AUGGAGACUGACGACGGCGUACAAGCGGACCUUCCGGGCUCCGCCGCCAACGGUUCGGAGCCGUUGGCGAGGAAGCCCGCGUUCAAGCGGAAGAAUGUGAAGGAGCUCGAAGAGAGGCUAGCCCAAGUGGAGGAUCUUCUCAAAGAAGCUGCCAACAAGGGCAAUGGGGCACUACCUUCUGAGGGUGACUUGGAUAGCCGGAUCAACAUUGGCAUGGACGACUUCCAUGUCGACAUUGAGACGAUCAUGGCCAUGCAGAAUGGUACCUUUGACGACGGAUCGUCUGGUUUUCACACGGGAGUGAACAUGAACAAGACGGCACCGCCCUCUCAACCUGAAGCACCAAGCUUUGCCAAUGCCUCGGGGGAACUCAUGGGGCUGGGGCUCUCAGAAGCUCUACCCCCUUUUGAGAUGAUGGAGGAGCUAAACAAGAGCUUCUUUGAGAGGCAACAGCACUUCAUCCCUAUCAUUCACCCUGGACGAUAUCUCCAGGCGUUCUACUCGGCGCCUCAUAAACGUCCGCCCAUGUGUCUGCAGUACGCGGUCUGGUCUAUGGCCUCCAACGGGCAUGAGAAGUAUAGCCAGUAUCACGACAUUUUCUACAAACGGGCUCGACAAUACGCAGAUGCGGAUGAGAUGAAGGGAUUCGGCGAGCACUUCCUCACUAUCCAACACGCGCAAGCGUGGGCUCUCAUCGCGACAGACGAAGCGAGGUCUCUCUUCUUCACGAGAGCGGCAAUGAGUUCCGCAAAGUGCGUUCGGCUCGUGGAGAUGAUGGGCCUUCACCGCAUCGACGGCGACGGGCAGGAGAUGGCGCCGACCCUUGCGCCGCCCACGUCGUGGGUUGACCUUGAAGAGCGGCGGAGGGCGUUUUGGGGCGCUUACUGCAUCGACUGCCACGCAAGUAUUGCGACUGGUUGGCCUACUCUCAUUGACCCCAACGAAAUCACCACACAUCUUCCCUCGUCAGAAGAGGCCUUCAACUCGGCCCGCGAGGAAGAAACAUCUACCCUACCAGAAGCGUUCCAAGGCGCCUCGUACUCGACCUUUGCAGGCGCCGUCAUAAUGUGCUACAUCUUCAACAUGCUCCUGAAGCACGUGCACUGGGAGCGGCCCAACGACAGGCCCGCGGACGUCGAGUACGGCGAGUUCUGGAAGCGGCACAGGGACAUUGACAACAUGCUCUCGAGCGCCUUCAUGUUCUUGCCGGAGCGCUUCCGCCUGCCGCAGAGCAUGCGCGACCCUACGUCCGUUCACACGAACCUUAACCUACACGCCUCCGUGAUCUGCCUCCACCACGCCGCGAUCGACAGGAUCGAGCGGAACAAGCUCCCCGAGCCGCUCAAGGCCGCCUCGGAGCUGCGGCUGCGAACGGCGGCUGAGGAGGUGGUGAGCAUCAUCAAGUUGACGAGCCACAUGAACUCGGGCUAUGUAAGUGAAAGCCACGUCCGCCUCGAACCCGGCUUCGGAAACGCUCAUGCACUGCAGAAAAGUCCCAUGGUCGCCUUAUCGCUAUACUCGGCCGCGUCUGUGUACGUGUACUCGGCGAAGUGCAACAUGGACACCGGCUUCUCGACGGCGGACCUGCAGAAUCUAAAGUUCAUCAUCAACGCCAUGGAGGCGAUUGGUCGGCGGCACAUUAUUACGCAGGCCUUUCUCCAGCAGAUCUUCAUGGACAUCGAGCGCAACGGCCUGUCGGGCGUCAUCGAUCUGCCCAAUCUGGCACACUACAAGAACCUCUUUGGCUGGACGUCGUCCAACAUUCCCUUGCUCGCGCGGACGUCCAUCUCGAAGCACACCGAGAUCCAGCCGCCCUUGCCCGGCAGACUGCCGCUCGGCAACCCAAAGGGCACCGCCUACGAGCACUACCCGAUCAGGGUGCAGCACGACGGCGGCUGCAACACCCCCGUCUCCAUGGGCGGCACCAACCCGAUGCUCGGGCCAACGCUCGGGAAGUUCGACCAGCCUAUCGGGAUGGGCCCGCCGUCUUCAUCGGCGUCUAUUGAUACGCGGGACAUGGGGCCGAACAAGCGGAAGCGGACAUCGGAGUCGACGACGACUACAUCGACAAAGAGCCCGGACGUGACGGGCAUGGCGCAAGGGGCCGCCUUUGCUUAUCCGCCGGUGCCUGUGGACUCUGGUAUCGAUAGCGUGGGCGGGUUCGGGUCGGGUCUCCUGCGAGGGAGCGGCAUUAUUGGACCAACAGCAGGAACGGCCACUUUUCCAGUCAACCUCCCGCACCGGAGUCCCGCGGCGGGACAGCCGUCGCCGACGUCCGCGUUCAACAAGAGCACGCCGUCGCAGUCGACGGGCGGGAGCAGCAGUAACAAUACGCCGCCUGGUCUCGUACGGGGUAGCACGUCUUCGCCGGACGAUGGAGGCACCACGCAGGGUGCCGGCGGUAGCGGCGGUGGGGGCGGGAACGUCAAUGAGAUUAUCGAUAUCACGAGCAUUCAGAACGCGAUGCUGGGCGGUGGCGCCGUAGGGUCCUCGUCGACGUCAACGUCAACAACCACGUGGGACUCGAGGGGCUUGCAGUAUGCCCCUAGCACGGAUCCGGUUUCUUUUAUGAAUAUGAACUUUGACUCCAUUCCGCCGGGUAUGGGGAUCGAUCCGUGGACUGUGUUGGCGAACAUGGACGAUUUGACGUGGACUGGGGACGGAGAGGUGUCAGCGGGGGCAGCUACGGGAGGGCUGAAUGGGAAUGGAACUACCGGGUAA